AUGAGCAGCGAUAAUUCUGUAAAACAGCUGUUUAUAGGUACAGCUCAACCCAACCAAAGAAUGAAGAACGACUUCCAAGAAGUCCGCUGCGAUAAAGUGUUCGAAGCGAUGCGCCAGUGCUGUAUUAAGUUUAAGCCGAUAAACGUGUCUCUUGUAUGCGAAGGUUACGACUUGGAGCCGCGGAAGUACGCGCCGGUCACAGAUAGACCGGCUAAAGAAGCUAUGGAUAAUCGUCGUCGGAGCCAACCUCUAGGUAAAAGAAGUUGGAUCUAUAGGUACCCCAAAACCUUCCAAAUCACCUUCACCGCUCUGGGCCUCGGGAUAUUCUUUUCGAAGCCCAUAUACGACAUUUUCUUUCGACCGCGCGAACCGAUCGACUUGACGGAACCAGCCACUACGUUCUCGGUUCGCCGUAAAGUCGAGUAA